UUGACGCUCCUCGGCGGCUACCUCGCCGUCUUCGGCGCGACGCUGUGCCUGAGCUGCGGGCUCUACUACGCCGCGGAGCUCGCGGAGGAGCACAGCGUGCUCACGGGCCGCCUGCUGGGCUACGCGACGCGGGCCGUGGUCGCCGCGCACGCCGUGCUCUGGCUCGACGGCUACCCGCUGCGGCGCGUCGCCGCGGGCGUCGCCUGCCACGCGUGCUACGCGUGGCUCCUCAACGACUACCCGCGGCUCGAGCUCUCGAGCCCCGCGUUUCUGGCGAGCGUCGCCGCGUUCCUCGGCGGCCACUACUCCUGGUUCCAGCACCUCGCGGACCUGAGCGUGGAGCCCCUGCCCUUCAUCAACUCGCUCGGCUUCUUCACGCUCUUCGUCUGGCUCGUGCCGUUCUCGCUCUUCAUCUCGCUCUCGAUCAACGACAACGCGCUCCCC